AAGUUUGACACAUCAGUGCGUGUUGUACUUUGUUGAUAUUUUAACACAGGCGGUUUGUUUUAUUGUAUUGCAACUAAUUUUACAAUCUUGACUACUUAAGUUAUAUUUUCCUUUUAAUAAAAACGUGGUGCAAACAAUGGAGGACGCCGUUGAUAUAAUGGAGCGUUCGGCAGGGUUAUUACCGGAAGAGGAGGAAGCAGAAAAACAACAUAUACAAAAAAUCAUAAGAGCAUUGCAAUUAUAUCGAAAGUACGCUUAUGCCAGGGUUAAUCAAAGUGAAAAUUAUUUAAACAGCCUGCCCAAAACACAUCAAAAUAUGUUAUCGAAAUAUCGUAAACACUUGGGCGCAAUUAGAGAUUGCAUCGAUGCUAAUCAAGCAGUCAUUAAAAAAAUGCUUCGUGAAAACAUACUAAGCGCAAAUAGUAAAAGUUCGACAGAUCUAAUAACAUCCCAUGAUACCGACAGUCGUGAAGUAAAAAUGCGCCAUCAAGAACAUCGAGAUGAGCAUGUUGAUGUUGAACCUUUUAAAAUUUUAAAGGCCCAGUCUACCUUAAAACUUAUUGCGCGUGAUUGGAGUCAAGAGGGAGCAGAGGAAAGAAAUCAGUCUUAUAAGCCAAUCAUAAAUGCUGUAGAAGAAUUUUUUAAGCCAGGGGAAUUUGAAUUAAAUGAAAUUAAAAUUCUGGUACCUGGAGCAGGUCUUGGUCGUUUAACUUAUGAAUUGGCUUGUAGAGGUUACGAAUGUGAGGGAAAUGAAUUUUCUUAUUUUAUGCUGAUCGCAUCAAACUUUGUUUUGAAUCAAUGUACAGAAGAAAAUGCGUAUACGCUGUACCCUUGGGUUCAUCAGUAUGUUAAUAAUUUAAAUAAAUCGGAUCAAGUAGCAUCAAUUCGUUUUCCUGAUAUUUGUCCAGCACGGAAUCCUCCAAAAGGGAAUAUAAUGAUGGCAGCGGGAGAUUUUUUAGAAGUGUAUAAAGUAGCGAAUACCUACGACUGUGUAGCAACAUGUUUUUUUAUUGACUGCGCAAACAAUAUCGUUGAAUUUAUUGAGACAAUUUUCAAGAUUCUGAUUCCAGGUGGUAUAUGGAUAAAUUUGGGGCCACUACUUUAUCACUAUAGUGAUAUUGAAGGUGAAAAUAGCAUUGAACCAACGUAUGAAGAUUUGAUUUCCAUUAUUGACAACAUUGGCUUUGAAAUAAUUAGGAAUGAUACUGGUAUUCGUACUAAAUACGCUCAGAAUCCAAAAUCAAUGCUUAAAAGUGAAUAUGAAAGUGUAUUUUGGAUAUGUCGAAAACCAUACAAUACAACAAAUUUUGAAAACACUAGCGACGAAAAUAGAGAAAAUGGAUUGAAAAAUGUUAUGAGUGAAAUGCAAUACAAAAAUCACAUUUGUAAUCAAAAUAAUUCUGGUCUCACAGAAAAGUAAAUCAGUCAGCGUAUAUGAAAAUAAAUUAACUGGGAACCUUAAAAUUAUAUCAAUUUUCAAAAAAAGAAGAUAUAGAAGAGAACUGAAUAAAACUUAAGUUUUGUAAAUGGUAAAAAUUGCGAAUAUUC